AUGCAGAACUCCUCGAGGGACGAAAUGUCCCGUCUCUUUCUCCCACCGAUAAAUCGUGCCAUGCGAAAGCUCGAUCCGUCGUUCUUUCAAAAGACCAUCCCACUAACGGCAGCACAUGUUCUGGACGGGAGGAACAUACCUAGGGUUAUGAAGGAAUGUGCGAAGGAUUUGCUACGGGUCCCGCGGCUCCGGGGUGUUAUUACGCAGAAGGAUGAUGCGGGGACCGAGAGGAAGUUGUUGCUCUUGAAGCCUGAGGUUAAACACGACGGUGGGUGGACGGGCUGUCUCCUUCACGAGUGCCGAGGGGCGAAGCUCUGACCGAUUUGGUCCAGAUUUAUCCACUGUCCAGCCAAAGACGAGGGAGUUUGUGGAGGAGAAGAUUAUUGGGCUGGAGCCGUAUAAUCUGCACAUGAAAUAUGAGAACUGGAAUUACGGUAGGUAGUACCCUGUAAGGGGAGGCUCAUUGAUUUUUGGAUUUUGCCAACCCGAUAACACCUCGACAGAAGAAAUAAUGAACUCGAUUCUCCCUGAGGGCCUCGACGAGAUACCCUGCGCCUUCACGCAAGCCGGACACCUUGCACACCUAAACCUCCGGGAGCAAUAUCUUCCCUACAAACACCUGAUAGCCGCCGUCCUCCUGGAUAAAAACCCGAAUAUAUCCACUGUGGUGAACAAGAUAGAGGACGUGGGUACGGGCUCGGUGUAUAGAACUUUCCCCAUGGAGCUCCUCGCUGGCAAGGAUGAUAUGAACGUGGAGGUCCGGGAAUCCGGCUGCGUAUUCAGGUUUGACUUUGCCAAAGUUUACUGGAAUAGUAGGCUGGGAAACGAACAUGAGAGGAUAUUCAAGCAAUUCAAGCCUGGAGAGGCUGUGGCGGACGUGAUGGCCGGCGUGGGGCCGUUUGCUAUCCCGGGGGCGAAGCAGCGGGUCUUCGUAUAUGCGAACGACUUGAACCCGGAGAGUUACAAGAGUCUGGUGGACAAUAUCAAAAUUAACAAGGUAAUCCUCACCAACUAACCAACACUCCCCCCAUCAUCUGGAUCGCGGAAUUGACACUGCGAAAAAGGUAUCCCAAUUCCUAACUCCCCACAACCUCGACGGCGCAAACUUCAUCCGCGGGUCGAUCCGCGCCCUCCUCUCCCGCUCCCAAAACCCUUUAACCAACAAAGUCUCCAUUCCAACGCCUGGAAAGCGCGGUCAGAAGCCUCCUCCCCCUCCAACAGUGAUCCCAGUACCGCCUGUGUUUUCCCACUUCGUAAUGAACCUUCCCGCCUCCGCCACGGCGUUCCUGGGUGCUUUCCGCGGUGCGUAUCGUGGGUUCGAGGGUGUAGUCACUGGUCGGGAGAUGUUACCGAUGAUUCACGUCUACACAUUUCACAAGGCGCCGGUGACGGAGAAUGCUGCGGGGGAAAUUUGCGCAGAUAUUAGUAGAUAUCUGGGGCACAAGAUGGGGGAGGGCGAUUUGGAAAAUUUGGAGAAUGUUAGGCUUGUGGCGCCUAACAAGACGUAUUAUUGUGUUUCUUUUAGGCUACCAGCUACUGUUGCAUUUGAAGAUAUUCAAGAUACUCAAGGAAUCUAGAAAGUGCAUUGUUUUCGUUUUCGUUUUCAUGUUUUUCCCUUCUCGUUAGACUGGAGUUCGAUUUGUUGGGAUAUGGUCUGUAUAUGUCAUUACUUUGUAAAAUGGUAGAAGGAUACUCCUGUGUCGGAUCUACCGGCAGUCAUAGGAGCGCUUUCUAUAUGAGCAUUGGGUGGGUUACUUGGGUAUGGUGGGAAGAGAGUGGCUAAUAUUUCGUUAAAUUCAUGGCGGGUCACACCAUUUCCAGAGAAAGAUUGGGGAUCGAGUGGAGCAUGCUUAGGAUUACUUUUUGUUCCUUCGUUCAUCAAAUAUAGACACAGCCU